AAACCCUCUUUUACACAUCGUCUUCACUCUCCAGUCUACCCUCCCGCCACUAAAACCCUCUUGAAAACCGUCCAACUAACACACUCAAACCCUAGAUUCUUCAUUUUUCUCAUCAAACCGUCACUGAUCUUCAACUAUCUUCGAAUCGUUCGAGCUUCAUCUGCUCUCAUGCGAUGGUGACAUCCAGAGACGUACACGAGAUCGUCUCAAAGCUCUCAUCCGAUAAAGCAAAACCUCGUGAAGAAGGGAUUAAGUUGUUGAAUACAUGGCUAGAAGGAGAGAGGUUGAUCGAAUUUUGUCGGUAUUUAGGGCGGAAUACGUCGAUGCUCAAACCGCAUGAGAUACCACACGCUGAAACAUGGCCUUUUCUUGUUAAAUUGCUUACUAAAGCUAUACAGUUGGAGGUAUCUGCGAGCAAGAAGCGUCCGCCCAAAUUGGCAUUUGCAAAGACUCUUAGAAUUGUAGUACAACGAGCAGAAGAUGGUAAGAGUCUGCAUCUUCUGUCUGUGGCAAAAUUACUUUUCAAUCAUAUAUGGGAAAUUUUAAAAGACGUUCCAAGCUUCCAAUCAGAGUACGGAAUUAUUCUACGGCAUCUUUUGGCAGUUAAACACCUCCAGUUUCACUUGAGGAAGCGUGUGUACUCUAGUCUGGUGCUUCUGUAUAUGGGAAAGGUUGAGAUAAGCUUGAGUGAGCAGCGCAGUUACGGACAAGCAAACCCCAAGGAGGAAGUCUUUCGGUGCAUCCUCACCCUUCAUUCACUUCUUGAUAGUCCUCCUGGAGAUUUUUCUGAUGAUCUUCGGGAAGGAAUAACAAAAGGUUUUAUCGAGAUAUUCUCCAAUUUAAGGGAUGAAGGGAAGGUUUUGCGGAAACUCGUUGAAUGUAUUAAUACAUAUUUAAUACGGGAUGGUCCGAAUAUGGGCACUCAAUCAUUAGAAAUUCAUGAUGCCAUACAUCAGUUUCUUUUUCGCGUUUGGGUAACUACCCAUGAUCGUGGUCUGAAGGAUGCACUUGUUUUAUAUGCGAGGUUACAGUUAAAGUUAGCAAGAGGAGCUACUGAUGGCAGUGCUUUGCUGGAGCAACUUUUGGAUAUAAUAGGAAAGGAACUUGAUCACAUUAACACAUCUACUACCAGCCUGCCAUGGAAUGAUACAAACAGGGAUGAUAAGCGAGGUACUUUGACAAACUCACAAUCUAGUUUGCUGGAGCUUGCAGCUUUUGUCUUUUGUCGGGCAUGCCUUAUUCCAUGUAAAGCACCUGUAACUGAUAAACGAACCAGAAGGGAAAAUGCUGUUGUUUAUUUACACGAACAAAUCAUUAAAGGAAAAUGGUCUUGGAAUUCAGCAUUUUGUUUCCUUGUUCACGACUACUCUAGCCGUGUUAAGCACGAGUAUUUAAUCUACUGGUUUGAAGGAUUAUCAACAAACUUUGAGAGAAUAAUGAACACUGCAACCAUGGAGCAUGCUUAUGAUGACCUACUGUGGACCCUAAGGAGUCUUCAAGGACUAUCAUCGGUACUUCUGAGUCCUAUUUAUGGAGUAGAUUGCUCGGGAAAAGUGGAAUUUACCAAUAAUCAGAAUUCUCAGCUGUACAGAGGUUGGCAUACAGUAUGGAACGCUCUACUACGUGGUUUACCAAUGUUCAGUAAUGUAACAUCAGUAGCAGAUGCUGCUCUUAUACUUCUUGGGAAUAUUAAUUUGUGUGACCCAUUGAACAACUUUAUUGUAGCUCAUGAUGCGUGGGACCUGCGCUUGUUUAAAAGUUCUCCAUCAGAGUCUCUUUUACGUUUCAUAUCAGGCUAUUUUUCAAAGAAAGGAUCCCAUGGUGAUAUACGGGACGUUUUACAUUUGAGAAAAGAUCUCUUAAGGACAGUUAUGGGCUUGCUUAACUGGAAGGAGCGUUUGGUGUUCAACGAGCAUAUGGUUGUAUUGUUGCCAGCGGCUGUAUUCUCACUUUGUGCCGGUUCUGCUUGUUUUGCACAUUGUGUUAAAGGAUCUCCUUUGGCUUAUCUUCUUGUAGAUAUCCCUGUAACCAGUGAUGACAGCCCGGAGAUUCAAAAACUGGAGCAGGAAGGUUCACAUGAUUUGUUCGAUUGCUCUGUGGAAGUGCUUGCUGAAGUUUGUUUUGAUUCUCAUGCAGAGGUAGCUCAAUCUUUGUCUUACCAGAAGGUGCGUCUUCCUCAUCAUUUGAGGGACUCACUGCUUCAUGAAAUGGAACUGAACAUUCUAGAAGUUAUCAAAAGCAAAGAUAUUGAAAAAAUGGUUCUCUCAGAUGUUCUCUUCAUUUGUGCUCUGUUGUCUAAUUUCAUGUAUGGUUUAUAUGCUUUAAGGUUGAAAGAAGAAAAAGCCUCUUUUCUCACUGAAACCGGUCAAUACAUUCUAGAAAUGCUGAGUCAUGCUGUUUCCUUACUUGAAAAAAGUUCCAGUGAUAUUCGAUCCGGUUGUGUUGGCUCAAAUGUUGGUUUUGAUAACAUGGACUCCGUAUCAACUUCCUUAAAGUGUUUUAUUAAUUCACCACUAUUUACCUAUCAAGAGUGCGACUCUACGUUGUAUAACGCUAUUAUCCAAUCAAUCACGAGACUUUUGAAGGCUUUGGCUAAACUUUACGAAGGAUUUUUUGAUGACACAACUAAUCUUCAGUCAGAUUGGUCUAAUCCAGAUAUUUCUGUUCAAGAAUCUCACUCGUUAAAGGGCGAUAAAACAAUGGUUUUGGACAUGGAGUUGGAUGCAGAUGAUGAUUAUAAAGACGUUGAUAUUAUUAGUACCGGAGAGACUUCCAGAGCGUCUCCUGCUUUUAACUUGAAGCUGAAUAUUAUAUCGUUAAUCUCAAACUUUUUCUCGAUUCUUCCAGUUGCCACAUGGGAUGUUUUAUUCAGUUUGACUCGAAUAGAAAGUGAUCACAGGCUGAUGGAAUGCCUUCUGCUUAACCUGUGUCAACAUCCUUGCUGGUCAUCUUGCCAAGGAUUUUCUGACAUGGUUUUAUCACUGGACAAAAUGGUUGAUAUGCUUUCUGAUAUUAAGCUUCAUCCGACUAAGAUACUAGCUGCUAUAUGCGGCUUGUUACAGACAUUGAAGUCCCUGAAUAAAGUUCGAAAGGAAAAAGAUCCAGCUAGUUAUAUUAAUUCAGUAUUAUCUGAACAGGGCGCAUCACAAGUUUCGAUGGAGUUAAUUUUAGAAAAUAAUUCUCAGAGUUUGGUACCGCUGGGUGAUCUUGUUAACAAAAUUGCAGAAAAUGACCAACUUGAUUGGUGCAGUCGUGUUAAGAUUGUUGAUUGCAUAUGUGAUUUUGUAUCACUUAAUCCUCAAAUUAGCCAGACUAUGAUCGAGAAGCUGCUACUGAUGCUCAGAGAUCCUGACUUCCGUGUUCGGUUUUCUUUAGCAAGAAGAAUUGGUGUUCUUUUCCAAACAUGGGAUGGCCAUGAUGAGCUCUUCCAGGAUAUACUCUCAAAUUUUAGUGUAAAAUUGGUGGUGUUAUUUAAGGGUAUGCUUGUUAAAGCAAAUGAAGUUUUAGCUGCUGGUCAUCAACCUCAACCAAUGAUGGAAACAAUUAUUGUUACCCUUGGGCAUGUGGCCCUGCAUAGUGAGAAAAUUGAGUUGGAGGCUGUCUUUAUGAUCUGUGUUGUUGCUGCAAUGGAUUCGUCUCAGAGGGAAUUGGUUGGUUCAGUACUCGAUAAUCUAUCUCGACAACUACACUACAGCUCCAGAUCAGAGUACAUUGGAGAGCUUAUUGCACCAAUUAUUUUCUUCUGGGUCCAGUGUGGUGUGAGCUUAGCUGCAUUAGUCGAGACACGAGAACUUUUUGUUCUCAAUGUGGAAGCUAGUAAUUUCAUUCAGUAUAUUUCUCAUUGGCUUCUUCCAGCUAUGAUUCUGUAUAAUGACAUUUCCAGCUUAAACUGGGUUGCCAAGGUGGCUGGUCAACCUUCUGCAGCUCUUAUUAGGAGUCACUUUGUAGCUAUCUUUUCUAUAUGCAUAGCAUUGCACUGCAGUAAAAGACCUGGGUGGGAAUCUGCUACCACGGUUCUUCAGAGUUCAAUGUUAAGUAUCUCUGGGAUAUCUGAAAAUGAGCGUGACACUCUUAUCAAGAAACACAUGGUUUCUAUUGUCAGUCACAUAUUAUCACUUGCUUCUCGGUUGUCGGAACCUGCAUUACCUUUCUUUUCCAAGGAUACGAUUCAACGUGCUAUUCAAACAGUUGUUGAUGGUUUCUUGAACAUGGAACAAUCUUCUCCUAGCAUAGUUGUAGUGGACAAAAUUAACAUUUUCCGCCCCGACAGAGUGUUUAUGUUCAUACUUGAAAUGCAUCAGAAAAUUACUGCUUCUACUCACCAUAGGCACAGAUGUAAUAGGUUGUCUGGAAUCGAGGUGCUUGUUAAUGUUCUUGGGCAUAGAGCUGCAGCACCAAGCACAUCCAAUUAUCUUUUCAACUUGGUGGGCCAAUUCAUUGACUGUGGUCCUUUGCAAGAUCAGUGUUGUCAUAUUAUUUCUGAAUUACUCAAAACUCUCAAGCAUAACCAAUCUAAAGAUGGUUUUGAUGUUCUUAGUGAACAACUUCAGUUUUUGGUAUCUAAGUUAGUUGGAUGCUGCAUUCCCCCAAAAUCUGAUUUAAAAAAUUCCAUCACUCAACCGUCAGAGGCUUUAUCACUGCUUCAUCAGCUUGUUGUUGAUUCUGAUUCAUCUCUUCAUAAGCACAUCAAAGAACUCGGGCCCUUUCCUGAAUUCGAUACAUUUGAUAAUAUACGUGCGUUCCACCAUGGACUUUGCCAUGAUUACUCUGCAAGAGAGCAUUUACUAGAGUUUGUUAGGAGAUCUAGUCAUCUUCCUCCACGGUUGGUUAUUUGCAGUCUCAAAGCUCUGCACAGUAUCAUGUUCUCCGGAUUUCAACGUGAAAAAAACGCACAGCAACUUUUUGGAGAUGAGUUUUGGCAAUAUGAUAAUGAAGUUGUACACGCAGUUUGGACUCUAGUUCGAAUGGCCAGUUCAGAUGCAACAAACAGUUUUGGACCUUUUGUUUCUGACUUUUUAUCACUGAUUGGUAUAGGGGACCCACAUCGUGUUGUUUUCCAUCUUCCUAGAGAUUCGAACCGGAUGCAUGUUUGCCGGCCUCUUUAUACUGAUGGUGGUAGCAGCUUUAGUUUUCAUAUGGAUUCAGGUUUAUCUGAAGAACUCUUAAUUGCGGUAAUGCAACUUUUGAAGAAGUAUUUGAUGGAUGAAUCAGUUGAGAUAAUUGAGAUGGCAUCACAAGCACUACGUGGGAUACUAUCAACUGAAAGGGGUCACCGAGCUUUACUAUCACUUAAUUCUUACGAGAGGUCUAUACUUGAGGUUCACUCCAAGGGUGUUAACGCAGAACUAGUUCAGAAAUCUUUAGUGGAUCUGGAGAGGAAGUUUAAUGGUCAAGACAUUUCAGUUGAAAAGAGUGGUACUUGGGUGACUAGUGGCAAAACAUUUGAGACCUGGAUCUGUCAGCUAGUUUACGCUCUUAUCUAUUUUUGUGAUGAUACAAUCUUAAGGCUAUGUCAAGAUAUUGUGUUGCUGAAAGCCGAAGUUGCAGAGCUUCUUCUGUCAAAUGUUAUGGUCAAUCUUGCUAAGAGGAAAAAUGUGGACAUUGAUCUUUGCAAGCUUAUCUCUGUGAAGGUGAUGGAAGAGAUAGUUAUUGAGUCAAACAACUUAACAAGAUCGGUUCAAGUUAUUUUGGACGCGCUCAAUGAACUUCGACUUUGUCAUGUAAUGGAGAAAGCUGCUUCUGGUUCAUCUAAAACCGAAGGCGCAAAGCACACAAAGUCAUCUGGUUAUAGCUCUAGAUCCCGUAAUACACCACAUAAGUCAAAGGACCAUACUGUAACAUCUACUCAACCACCGGCAUCUACCUUGGCUUGGGAAAAGGUUUAUUGGCUUCCGAUUGACUACCUUGUUGUCGCUAAGUCAGCCAUUAGCUGUGGCUCAUACUUCACUGCGGUGCUGUAUGUGGAGCAUUGGUGUCAAGAGCAUUUUAACUGCCUUACGUUAGGUAGUCCAGAUUUUUCCCAUUUAGAGAUGCUGCCUCACCACAUAGAAAUUCUGGUCUCAGCAGUUACUCAAAUAAAUGAACCCGACAGUUUGUAUGGAAUCAUCCAGUCACACAAGCUGACAUCACAAAUAAUCACAUUUGAGCAUGAGGGUAAUUGGAGUAAAGCUCUAGAGUAUUACGACUUACAAGUACGAUCUGAAGCAUCGAUACCUUUAUCUUCCUCCAAAUCAGAAGAUGAAAUGAGGCAAAGAAAACCGCACAAAGGGGUGAUUAAGGCUUUACAGCAAAUUGGUUGCACUCAUGUGUUGGAUAUGUAUUCCCAAGGAUUAAUGUAUCGGAAAGGUCGGAUUCAGGAUGACUUGGAAUUCAAUGAGCUACAGUUUGAAGCUGCUUGGCGUGCAGGAAAUUGGGAUUUUUCUGUACUGUACACGAGCUCUAAUUCUCCUAACCCAAAUCAACAAAUCAGACACAACCAUUUUAACCAAAAACUACACAGCUGUUUGAGGGCUUUUCAGGAGGGAGAUAUCAAUGAAUUUAACUUGAACCUGAAAGAAUCUAAGCAGGAGCUGCUGUUUUCUAUCUACCAUGCAAGUGAAGAGAGCACGGAAUAUAUAUAUUCGACUAUUGUAAAGCUUCAGAUUUUCUGUCAUCUUGGGCUGGCCUGGUCUUUGCGAUGGGCUUCAUUGGAUGGCAAGAAAGAUAAUCAAACCGAGGGAGACAAAAUGCUAUCUGGGCCAUUUACUCCCAACAUGGACCAGUUGUCAUGGUUAAAUACAGAAUGGAGCUGCAUUCUAAACCGUGCACAGUUACAUAUGAACUUAUUAGAACCAUUCAUUGCAUUCAGAAAAGUAAUGCUCCAGAUUUUAAGCUGCAAGGACUGUACGGUCCAACAUCUUUUGGAAUCUGCAUCUAUUCUUCGUAAGGGCUACAGAUUUUCUCAUGCUGCUGCUGCAUUGCAUGAGCUUAAGUUCUUCUACAUAGGCAUCGGUGGAGAAGAUUCUAAAGUUUAUUGGCUUGGAAGGGUUGAAGAAGCAAAGCUACUGCGAGCCCAAGGUCAGCAUGAGAUGGCAGUUAAUCUUGCAAAAUAUAUAUCUGAAAAUUGCAAGGUGAAUGAGGAAGCAGCUGAUGUAUAUCGUUUAGUUGGCAAGUGGCUGGCUGAAACACGUUCUAGCAACUCUAGGACUAUAUUGGAGAAGUAUCUGAAAAAUGCAGUUAGUCUUGCUAAUGAUAACCAGGCCACAGACAAGAAGUCUAUUGCAAGAAAAGCCCAAACGCAUUUUCACCUUGCUCAUUACGCUGAUGCUCUUUUUCGUAAUUACGAGGAAAGACUUACUUCUAACGAGUGGCAAGCAGCUAUGCGUUUGAGAAAACAUAAGACCAAAGAGCUGGAGGCACUGCAAAGACGAUUCAAGAAUUCAUCCAAGGGAGAGAAAGCAGAUUAUUUAGUAAAAAUACAAGAGUUGCACAAACAACUUGCAAUGGACAAAGAGGAGGCUGAAAAGUUGCAGCAAGAUAGGGAUAAUUUUCUCAGUAUAGCAUUAGAAGGAUAUAAACGAUGUCUAGUCAUUGGUGACAAGUAUGAUGUACGAGUGGUCUUCCGACUUGUAUCUCUUUGGUUUAGUUUAUGCACAAGACAAAUUGUUGUAGAUGGGAUGUUCAGUACAAUCAAAGAGGUACAAUCUUACAAGUUUAUACCGCUUGUAUACCAAAUUGCUUCAAGGCUAGGUAGCUCAAAAGAUAGUCAAGGGCCUAAUACUUUUCAGUUUGCCCUGGUUUCUUUGUUAAAGAAAAUGGCAAUUGACCAUCCUUACCACACAAUCUUUCAGCUUUUGGCACUAGCAAAUGGUGAUCGUGUGAAGGACAAACAACGCAGUAGAAACUCAUUUGUUGUGGAUAUGGAUAAAAAGUAUGCUGCAGAAAGCCUCUUAAAAGAACUCUCUUCACAUCAUGGAGCUGUUAUACGACAAAUGAAACAGAUGGUAGAAAUCUAUAUCCGGCUUGCUGAACUAGAAACAAAACGAGAGGAUACCAAUAAAAAGAUUGCUCUACCAAGAGAAAUUCGCAGUGUUCGGCAACUUGAACUUGUUCCAGUAGUGACAUCAUCUUUUCCAGUUGACCCUAGUUGCCAAUAUAGUGAAGGAUCUUUCCCACAUUUCAAAGGCUUGUCCGAUUCAGUCACGAUCAUGAAUGGCAUAAAUGCUCCAAAAGUUGUUGAGUGCCUCGGUUCAGAUGGUAAAAGAUACCGGCAGCUUGCAAAAUCUGGAAAUGAUGACCUCAGACAAGAUGCUGUAAUGGAGCAGUUCUUUGCUUUGGUCAAUACUUUCUUACAAAACCACAGGGAUACAUGGAAGAGGAGAUUAGGGAUACGCACAUACAAGGUGGUUCCUUUUACCCCAAGUGCCGGUGUUCUCGAGUGGGUAAAUGGCACAUUACCUCUAGGCGAAUAUCUCACUGGAAGUUCAAGAAGUGGUGGUGCCCAUGGACGCUAUGGUUUAGGAGAUUGGUCAUUUCCAAAAUGCAGACAACAUAUGGCUACCGAAAAUAACAAGCGCAAGGCGUUCCAGGAAGUCUGUGACAAUUUCAGACCAGUCAUGCAUCACUUUUUUCUAGAGAGGUUUUUACAUCCUGCUGAUUGGUUUGAAAAACGACUUGCGUAUACAAGAAGUGUUGCAGCUAGCUCAAUGGUGGGUUACAUUGUGGGACUUGGAGAUCGACAUUCCAUGAAUAUUUUAAUCGACCAAGCAACGGCGGAAGUAGUCCACAUCGAUCUUGGUGUCGCCUUUGAGCAAGGCUUGAUGCUCAAAACACCUGAGCGGGUCCCAUUCAGGCUGACAAGAGACAUUAUCGAUGGUAUGGGGGUAACAGGUGUGGAAGGAGUUUUCAGAAGAUGUUGUGAAGAAAAUCUAUCCGUUAUGCGAACAAAUAAAGAAGCCUUACUGACCAUUAUCGAAGUUUUUAUCCAUGAUCCUUUAUACAAGUGGGCUCUAUCACCUCUAAAGGCUUUGGAGCGUCAAAAGGAAACCGAUGAUGAUCUGGAGACAAGUUUGGAGGACUCGGAAAAUGAAUAUGAAGGAAAUAAAGAUGCAGCGCGUGCUCUUUUGCGUGUUAAACAGAAACUUGAUGGAUAUGAAGAAGGUGAAAUGAGAAGUGUGCAUGGACAGGUUCAACAACUGAUACAAGAUGCAAUCGAUCCUGACCGCCUGUGUCAUAUGUUUCCUGGAUGGGCAUCUUGGUUGUAAUUAGGAUCAAAUGUGGUGUAGAUAUUUUUUGUUUCGAGUUCACUCUUUUACCCGAUUUGAGGAUUUUUUGUGGUGGGUAUAUGUUUCAAAUUUUACCUUGUUAUUAACUGAUGUAAAUGGUUAAAUUUUGAUGCGAGUACAGUUAAAAAUAGUUUUGUAUCAUGAUGUUUUCUGUUAGUACUUUUGUAUAGAGGGAAAUUUAAUUCAUAUAUUUACACG